AUGUUGUCCCGUAUUAUAAGAAAUUCCUCAGUAUCGAGUGUCUUCAACACCUCCAAGAGAUACUCUUCUAUCAUUUCGGUCCACAGAGACACAAAAGAAGACAAUACCAAUCUACCAUUUGAAUUUACAUCCGAAAACAAGAAGAGAGCCGAUGAAAUCAUUGCCAAAUACCCACCACAAUACAAAAAGGGGGCCACAAUGCCUCUUUUGGACCUUGGACAACGUCAAUUGGGGUUCACUUCGAUAUCAGUCAUGAACUAUGUUGCAAAACUACUCGAUAUGCCACCAAUGAGAGUCUAUGAAGUAGCCACUUUCUACACCAUGUACAAUAGACACCCCAUGGGUAAAUACAAUGUUCAAGUAUGUACUACUACUCCGUGUCAGUUGUGUGGUAGUGACGGAAUAAUGGAUGCUAUAAAGGAUUAUCUUCAAGUCAAACCAGGCCAAACCACAGCUAAUGGGUUAUUCACUUUGCAAGAAGUUGAGUGCUUGGGUGCCUGUGUUAAUGCUCCGAUGAUUGCCAUCAAUGACGAUUACCAUGAAGAUUUAACACCAGGUGGCGUAGUUGAUCUUUUGAGGAAGUUGGAAAAUGGAGAGGAAUUGAGUCAAAUUGGGCCAGAGACUGGAAAAAGACAAUCUUGUGAACCUUUUAGUGGCCAAAAAGUAUUGUUGAGUAAAGAACCAAAUGAUAUUAGGAAGUUUACUAGAUCCGAUUUGUGA